AUGGCAGGAGCUGGUGAAAAGAAGGGGAAAAAGGAUGACAAUGGCAUGGGCACUGCUAUUGACUUUGUGUUGUCCAACGCCCGCCUUGUACUAGGAGUUGGGGGAGCUGCAAUGCUAGGAAUAGCCACACUUGCAGUGAAGCGGAUGUAUGAUCGAGCUAUUAGCGCUCCUGCAAGUCCUUCCCGUUCCAGCCAGUCUGGUAAACGUAGCUGGGAGGAGCCAAGCUGGUUAGGCUCAUCUACGAGACUGCUGAACAAAGACAUGAAGACAUCUGUGAGUCGCAGUUUGCAGACCCUUCCGACAGACACUUCAGCAUUUGAUCCAGAGUCUGUCCGGCCCAAACCCCCAGCUUGUAAGAUCCAGACAGAUCUGAAGAAGACCCGCUUGAAACUAUCACUUCAGGAAAAACUGUUCUCUUACUACAAGAAGCAUGUUGCCAUCCCACCAUCAGAACAGAGUUGUGCCAAGCAGGCCGCUGUAGACAUCUGCUGUGAACUGCGCAACUUCAUCCACAGCAAGUUUCCAGACAUGCCACUGAAGGACAUGCACCUCAGCGGAAGCCUCUAUGAUGACCUGCAGGUUGUGAGAGCAGAUCACAUUCAGCUAAUGGUACCUCUCGCUGUGGACAUUAAUUUAUGGUCAUGUGUCCCCGGGGAAGAAACAAUCCUUAAUCUGCCAGGAUUCUGCCUUCUGCGUAGAGAGAAUAUUGAAUACUUUCCUCGUGGGACCAGUUAUUGGGAUCGCUGUGUGGUAGGAGGUUACCUUUGUCCCAAGGCUGUGGUAGCCACUUUUGAGAAAGUUGUUGCAGGUUCAAUCAAUUGGCCAGCCAUUGGCAGCAUGUUAGGCUACGUGAUUCGUCCAGUGGUGCCAUCAGAAAGCCUCAUCUUGGAGGUUCAGUAUGAGGAGGAUCGGAGGCUCUUCAUUGACUUUCUUCCAUUGGUUGCACUUGGGGAGCGUGCAGCAGUCGCCAAAGCUCAUAGACUACCGCGUUAUGGAAACAUGUGGCGGUUAAGCCAGCGCGUGGCAGAAACCGCUGCCUUGAUAGGACGGGAUCAGCAGGAUUCAGGGUGUCGUUGCCUCUGCCUGAAAAUCCUGAAGGCCAUCUGUCGAUACAAUCUGACACUCUCACACCUCACAGCCUCCCACCUGACCAAUAUACUGCUUCACAUUUGUGAAAAGGAGGAGGAUUGGUCACAGGAGGCAUUAGCAGACCGGUUCUUGCAAGCCCUCAAAGAGACUAUAGGUCACCUAGAGAAAGGGGAACUACCCUCUGCAUUGGACCCCAAAAUUAAUUUAUUUUCAGAGCUCACACCUGAUGAGGUGGAUGAAAUGGGAUAUGUUCUUUACUGCUCCUUAUCAGAGCCAGAUAUACUUUUGAGGACUGGGGAAUGAAGCUUGAUAUGAGGAUGGCAUGUGAAGGUUACAGUGGCAUAAUAUCUAUACUCUCUGGGUGGCCUGCAGUGUAAUCCAGCCAACAAAGUACAGUUCUGCCAAAAUUCUUCUGUAUUUUAUUUUGUGUAUUAUAUUGGAUCUAGCAACCUUUAUCUUUCCUUUCAAUUUCUUGAUGGGCAUUUUCUGGAAAGCAGUAUAUUUUGUUGAGCUUAACGUUCCAAAACAUUAUUCAGAUUGAGUCUUUAUGAUUAAAUAUGACGUAUAAAAAAUAUUUCCAGUAUUUUGAUUGUGAGAAAUACAACCGGGAACAUUUAUAUGGUUGGAGGAAAGAAAACAUUGAAGCAAACUGAGUUACAUGAUAACUCCAUAAUCAUGACUGAGAUUUCCCAUACAUAAUUUUUUAUUUUUUUUUACUCCAAAUUUUCUCUACCUAGCAUUCAGAAAUGUCCCACAAGGACAUGAUGGCAGCGACGUGAAGGGCAAAUUUCUUUCUAAUCAAAGUAACGGGGCAUAGGUGUUAGUGGAGGAACAGAUGGUGCGGUCAGGAUUGUCAUCCGUUAUUGGUAUCCUGUUUCAGCAUCAAGUUACCCAGAAUUCAAUGUAGGGGACAGAGACCUCUCUCUACAUUUCACCAGCUAUAUAUAGCCAUUGUAGUCUCUCCACACUGCGUAGGGUUGAUGGUUUACAGAAGCAGUCAUUUUUUUGUUGUUGGUCCUUUAACAUCUAAAUAAAGUUUGCAUACACCUGUGUAUCUAUUCCUUCACUUUAUUGAUUGGUUUUUAGUGCUUACUAAUUUUUUCUUCAUCACCAAAGCUCAACUUUGCCCUUUUCUUGGACACAUUUUAAUGUCAAAUUAAAUUAUUUUUUUUAAAUUAGAACCCAUGUGUAUCUGAUUCAGUAGGAGUGAUUUACAUCAAAGUGCAAUCCCUAAUAGGGACAUAGUGUACCAGACCACCUUAAUGUCAUUAUACAGCAGCAUGAUGACCAGACUAACCCUAAACAUUAGGCAUCAUAUAACCCUUCACAAGGCAAAGCCAGUAAAAUAUAUAAUGUGCCGUAGCUGAUUUAAAUCACAUGCUGAGACAGUGUCUUACAUUAGGAGCAUUGUAACUGAUGCUGGUAAUGUAAUACUCGGGGUAUAUCAGCAGCUGGUAGAUAUGACUCACCAUCUCCUACUUCUGCGUGUGUCAUUACAUGCGUACAGUCACCAAAACAUUAACUGCCCACACACGUUUCAAGCUGGCAGGAGGAAGGCUAUCACGGCUCUUUUCUUCCAGAAUUAAAGCUGCAUUGUAAAUAGUGGUUGACUAGUGUGUCAGUCUCCUAAUGCACCUUUGUGGAUAACACCCCUUAUUGAGUCUCAUCAGCAGUUAGUUAGGGCAGCCAAUAUAUAAUUGUAAGGGAUAUUGCCAGAAUUAGGUUUCAUUUUGUAUGCAUUUCCUAGGUCUCUUGCCCUGUUUCUAUGUUCUAGUAGCAUGGUAAGUACUGUACCUGAAUGGAUUGUGUUGUAAUGCCAGUUUAUCACUAGCUGGUGAAACAGGGUAGAGGUGCAGUUCAGCAAGGUGUUUACGUAUUACCUCACUGCUCAUUGAGACAGUCUGUGUUCAGGCUAAAUGAAAUAUUCUGAUCCAUGGUUAUCAGACAUUCUUUACCUACUCUUUACACUGUAUCAUCUAUACAAAGAUUACUGUUAACCAGAUGCUAGAAAAACCAUCCCAUGUCUAUUAUUUAAUCCUAGAAUAUUAUUUUGUUAAUCUGUGAUAUGUGGUGCUGGAUAGUCAUGAAUUUUACACUGUACAUUUAAUACCUACUUUGGGCCACUAACCAUUCUUAUUAUGUAUCUACCAAAAUGAAUUCCACAUUGUGUAUUCUGCACUGUUAUAAAUGAAGGACAAGGAAAUAAUCAAUGGUAUGGGGAACUUCAUUUGAGUAUGUUAGCCUUUCACUACCAGAGCACAGUUGCCCGGUCCUUUACCAGCUGCCAAUGGAAUACCCCUGAAAUCCAUCAUUUAAUCAGUCACUAAGUGCGUAAACAACAAACAUUUACUGUAAGAAAGGCAGACUUCAAAUAUGUUCUAUGUUUCUAAUUGCGGUAUGCCGUUAUUAAGCCAUAUAUGACUUAGCACAAUAAUGCAUAUGCUUGUGAGUUAUUUUAAGCAUUAAGUGGAACCAUCUCUUACUAUUUCAGGCACUAAUUUUAAGGCUGAUGUAGUAUUCAUGAGUCUCUCUUGCUUCAGUGACAUCACUAUCAUUAUUAGGUAAUGAAUCUACUUUAAGACCAUUUACAAUGGUCAAGAUUACAUUUCUGCUACCUGCCUGAAUUUUCUAUUCAUACCAUAAUGCCUUUAUAUUUCCAAGUCCAUUUUCUGAAGUCUCUGGUUUCUGGAGUUUUAGUGAAAGAUGAAAUUCAGUGACCUGUUUUUUUUUUUUUUUUUAUAUAUACUGCCUGUUCUUCCAUUGCCGUAACUGGAGUUGCAGGCCAAAGCUGGCUUCCUCUUAAGAUAGUGACAUUACACCAAUGCUGCACUUACUUGUAAUAGUCCAUAUUUGUCGAAGCAAGGAUACUGUUGUGAAAACUUGUGUAAUUAAUUCCUUUGAAGUGUCAUAUUUGUAAAAAUGAUUAUGCAAUCCUUUUAGUGACGGAAACGUAUGUAACAUAUCACAAUGUGUUGUUGCUCCCAUUUGUGUUUUACCAGGUAUCUUGAAAUUUCAGUGGUUUGAAAGGCUGUAACUUGCAUGUUUUUAUUUUAUUUUUUCAAGUGUGUUUAAAAAAGGGAUAUAACAAUAAAGGUCAAUGAUUACAAA